AGAAGACGAAGAAGAAGCAGCAGGCUGCUCAGCUGCUUGCUAGCUGCAUGGAUGUAUUGGGUUAGCUGUCUAGCCGGGUGCUAACAACUGUAGUGGGACACGUGUCUGAUUUUAUUUACUCCUGUUGACAGUGUAGCUGUCGCUCGCUUCUUCUGCCACAAUGGGGAUCCUGGAGAAAAUCGCGGAAAUAGAGAGAGAAAUCGCUCGGACACAGAAAAACAAAGCCACUGAGUACCAUCUGGGUUUGCUGAAAGCCAAACUAGCCAAAUACAGAGCUCAGCUCCUGGAGCCCUCAAAGUCAGCUGGGGCCAAAGGAGAAGGUUUCGAUGUCAUGAAAUCAGGAGAUGCUCGAGUUGCUCUUAUCGGUUUCCCCUCUGUGGGUAAGUCCACCUUCCUUAGUUUGAUGACGUCGACGGCCAGUGAAGCUGCUUCCUACGAGUUCACCACCCUCACCUGCAUACCUGGUGUCAUAGAGUACAAAGGGGCCAACAUCCAGUUGUUAGAUCUGCCGGGAAUCAUUGAGGGCGCUGCCCAAGGUAAGGGUAGAGGUCGGCAGGUCAUUGCUGUUGCCAGGACAGCAGACGUUGUCAUCAUGAUGUUGGAUGCCACCAAAGGAGAUGUUCAGAGAGAGCUUCUAGAGAAAGAGUUGGAGUCGGUUGGCAUCCGGCUGAACAUGGCGAAACCAAAUAUUUAUUUCAAGCCAAAGAAAGGUGGCGGCCUCUCUUACAACUCCACAGUUCCUCUCACCCAUUGUUCCGAGAAACUGGUCCAGCUCAUUCUUCACGAAUACAAAAUCUUUAAUGCAGAAGUUCUCUUCAGGGAGGACAGCACGCCAGACGAGUUCAUCGAUGUCAUCGUGGGGAACAGAGUCUACAUGCCUUGUCUAUAUGUGUACAAUAAGGUGGAUCAAAUCUCCAUCGAGGAAGUGGACCGCCUGGCUCACAGACCUAACAGUGUCGUCAUCAGUUGUGGGAUGAAGUUGAACCUGGAUUACCUCCUGGAGACGUUGUGGGAGUACCUAUCUCUGAUUUGCAUUUAUACUAAAAAAAGAGGAGAGCGCCCGGACUUUAACGAUGCCAUCAUCAUGAGGAGGGGAGCGAGUGUUGAACAUGUGUGCCAUCGAAUCCACAGAACCUUAGCCAGCCAGUUCAAAUACGCCCUGGUUUGGGGAACCAGUACCAAGUACAGUCCCCAGAGGGUCGGCCUAACGCACAUCAUGGAGCACGAGGACGUCAUCCAGAUCGUAAAGAAGUAAAAAAGAAGCUUCUGAUGGGACAAAGAAGAGACACAACAGGAGUUGUCUCAGUUAAAAUGGAAAGAAAUCACCUGUACAAUAGAUAUUCAGCAAUGAUAAAAAAUAGCAGCCAUUCUUAUUUUGUAUAUGAAAAUUAACAAAACACAUAAAGGACCAGAUUUGAGUUGGUUGUGGACAUGAAAUGUGUAUUUUAUCUUUUGAUUAAGAUAAAGAAGCUAAAUUGAUCCUGAGAGUAAUGGGAGAAAAAAAAAUAAAGUCUGUCAUACUGUA